AUGUCCUUCAACCGCCUCGUCCGUUUCGUCCCAGCCAGCGACUCCAAGGCAAUCCUGAUCGGCGAGCCCGUCGAUGCCGAAGUCGAUGUUGGUCUCGCUCUUCGCAAAGGCGAUGAGGUCGAAGUCAAGGUCUUCAGCGGAAAGUCCGCUCUGAACCCUGGUUCGCUGUCAGACAAGACCGAGAAGAUCGCUAGACUGUUGUCGCCAUUGUCACAAGAGGAGGUUGGCACGAUACGCUGCAUUGGCCUGAACGUAAUACUUGAUUCUACUCUGGCGUUGGGACUGCUUCUGACACAGACGACAGNNUACAAGAGACACGCCGAAGAAGUCAAGAUGGCCGAACCAUCAGAGCCCGUCAUCUUCCUCAAGCCAGCCACCUCACUCGCAGACCCUUACCCUCACCCGACCGUCAUCCCCAAGCACACCAAACAGUCUGACACGGCAGACUACGAAUCCGAACUCGUCGUCGUCAUCUCCAAGCCCUGCAAGAAUGUCUCCGAAUCGGAAGCUCUCGACUAUGUCCUUGGUUACACUGCCGCCAACGACGUCUCCAGCCGCGCCGCCCAGUUCUCCCAGAGCCAGUGGUGCUACAGCAAGGGCUUCGAUGGUGCUUGCCCUAUCGGUCCUGUAUUGGCCAGCUCAAAGUUGAUUCCCGACCCGAGCAAGCUUCACAUCAAGGGCAGCAAGAAUGGCAACGUCAUGCAAGACUCUGGCAUCGACGACCUCAUCUUCAGCGUCCCCAAGCUCGUCAGCUUUUGCUCCCAAGGCACCACUUUGCCCGCUGGCACCAUCAUCCUUACUGGAACCCCCGCUGGUGUGGGUGUAGGCAAAGACCCCAAGGAGUUCUUGCGAGAUGGCGAUGAGUUCUCGGUCGAGGUUCACCCACACAUCGGUACUUUGACUACUGUGUUCGAAGACGAGAAGUAG